GCGUGGGGCCGGGGGCCGCGGAGCCAUGACCCUGCAGCAGCCGCCCCCGGCGCUGAAGGGGGGCUGCCCCCCGGCGCGCUACAUCCACAGCAUGCCCGCCUGGGUGCUGGAGGAUUUCUGCCAGAAGAUGGACUGUCUGAGCGACUACGACUGGAUGCGCUUCGCCUCCUACGUGAUAACGGAUCAAACGGAGCUACGGAAGAUCAAGUGCAUGGAGAGGACGGGGAUCAGCAUAACGAGGGAGCUGAUGUGGUGGUGGGGUGUGAGGCUGGCCACCGUGCAGCAGCUCCUGGACCUGCUGGAGGGGCUGCAGCUCUACCGCGCUGCCCAGGUCAUCCUGGACUGGACAUCAGCCUCUACUACUGCCAGCUCUGAAAAAGAAGAGCUGGUAGAGCCACCUAAACAGGAGAACGUAUCCUUAACUCCCACAGAAAACAAAACUAAAGGGAGAGAGAAUGAGCUAAGCCUGUUGCCAUCACCAGACUCCUCACACCCGGGAGUAUCGGCAGCAGGGGUUUCAGGUGCUGUUCCUGAAGGAGCCUUGUUUUCCCUCCCCUCCCCACCGCCUCCCCCAAGAGACCUUUUGAAAUCUUUACAGUCAAAUCCUCCCGUCUCAUCAAGCGUGAAGCCUUGCAGCUCUCCUGCUCCUCAGCAGGAGACAACGACCGACCUCCCCAGCGGGAGUCUCCUGUGGACCCCGAGGGAAGUCACUAACGCCACAAACGGCUUCAGCGACAAGAGCAGGAUUUGUGAAGGCACCUUUGCGGAUGUCCACAAAGGUCAGAGGAACAACAUGGUGUAUGUCAUCAAGAGACUGAAAGAGACGGAAUGCACAAACCCAGAUUCCACCCAGAGAUUCUUUCACACAGAAGUACAGAUCUGCUUUCGGUGUUGUCACGUCAACAUUCUGCAGCUGGUGGGUUUCUCGGUGGAAACGGGCUUGCACUGUCUGAUAUACCCGUACCUGCCCAACGGGUCGCUGCAAAACCAGCUCCAGCCUCAAGCUGGUUCUUCUCCACUGCCCUGGGACACGCGAGUCAGCAUUGCUGUAGGACUCAUCCGAGCUGUGGAGUAUUUACAUAACUUUGGAAUUCUCCAUGGGAAUAUCAAAAGCUCAAAUGUCUUGUUGGAUGAAAACUUUACACCAAAGCUUGGACAUUCAGGUCUGCGAUUGUAUUCUGCUGAUAAAAAAUCAGAAUAUGCUGUGAUGAAAACCAAAGUCCUACAAGCUUCUCUUACUUAUCUGCCAGAAGAUUUUAUCAGACAUGGGCAGUUAACCGAGAAAGUCGAUAUAUUCAGCUGUGGUGUGGUGUUAGCAGAGAUCCUGACAGGGAUGAAGGCACUGGAUGAGGGAAGACAGCCUAUCUAUCUGAAAGAUAUAAUUGCUGAUGAAAUUCAAACAGCGAAGGAAAGCUCACGCUCCAAAGUGAAAAACUGUGAAAAGCUGGCUGCCAAGGAAAUAUGCAGUAAAUACCUGGAGAGCAGAGUGGGACACUUGCUGGAGGAGGUUGCUGUUGAUUUUGCCUCAGCCAUCUGCCUUUGUCUGAGAAAGAAGAAUGCUAACAUCGCAGAGGUACUUGAAGUGAUGGAAACGGCUGACAAUAAAUUAAGAGAGCAUUUCAUCUGUGGGAGCAGCCUUUCUGGGUUCUCCAUGAACACACCGGAGGAAACAGAUGACGAGACGACGAGCGUGAGCGUGGAGGUGCCGCCCGGCGGGAUGCAGAGGGAGGGCAUGGCCCAGCCCCCCACCCUGACCAGUGCCCACCCAUCCCCUCCUGCCAUGGCAGCCCUCUCACCCGACAUCUACUGCGGACACGUGUCCCGCAUCCCUUGUGAGUCAGACGAAUCCACCAGUUUUGUAUGGGAUCCCUCAGGGAAAUGCCCGGAAGAGCUGCCCAGCUCCAGCUGUAAGGAUCUGGAGAGCAUGGCAGGCGGUGAGGGCAGGCCCGGGCAGGCACAGCCUGCAGAGGGACCCCAGGACAGACACACGUCCUGUGCCAAGGGCCAUGACACCCCGGAGACAGCGUCUGCUGCACGGAGCGCCUUCCCGCAGAGACUCCCCGACCCAGACUCCUCCUGCUCCACACAAGCAUUAGCCAGAGAGACAUCUUGGCAAAUACAGAUAAAUGAUAAAAAAAAGAAGCUCAUGGAAAAUAUUUUGCUGUAUGAAGAAGACAAAUUAAACAGUUCUGAACUUUUUGAAUCAUAAAUCGGAUGGAUUUAUUAGCAGUGGCCAGCUCAGAAGAAGAAAUCGGGACUGUCUCUCCAUUAGAAAGAUGGUAAAAGUGUACCUUUCAUGUCAGGUUAAGUAGCAGAUCUGGAUCAGAAACAUUAGCCCUGACUGCAGAAAACAGAAGUGAUCCUACUGAGAAGAAACAGAAACCAUCUGUUCUAGGGCAGAUUAAAAGCUCAGUGCCUCUCUUUGAACAGAAGUGCCUUCUUCCUUUUCAUCUGCAAUGUAAAAAGCUGUGGUAAACACAAACAAUUGCCAAAGUAAUUUUGGAUCCUUUUGCAGUGUAUUUAUUUCAGAAAGCAUCUACAUAAAACGUAUGUCUUAUUAAAGCCCACAGCCCUAGAAGCGAGAGGGCAAGCGCUGCUCAGCAGUGAGCGAUGCCCCUUGUCGUUACCCCACUGGGUACGGGCAGGCAGAAGCCUCCAGAGAUUGGAGAAGGUUUCAGCUUUCAAAUGAAUCUCUCCUAGUCCAUAUAAUCUUAUUCCACAUACUCAAAAACUGCAUUAGCAGAGAGGGGAAUUUCUAUGCAAGUUCUCAGACGUGUUCUACGUGACGCAUCUCAGUUUGAUUUGCACUGAACAUAGUUGUAAGUAAAUAAUUUAAGCCAUGUCAGUCUGCUCCACGAGCUGCUCUUCUACACGUGACACCAGCUGAAGUCUGAGUUUCACUGUCAGGAGCUCUGAGACAGUGUUCCAUACUUCAUGAGGGUAUUUUUGGAAGUUAAUGGUUUUCUAAGUGUCCUUUACAUGUUGUUAAGGUUUCUCAUUGUGUUUCACAUGGUAACUGUUGUAUAUUUUGGAAUAGGGACAAGAUUUUAAUUUAAAGUAUCUUUAAUUUUCUUAUAGGUCACUUGAAAUUUGGUUUAUUUAUUUUGGCAGUGGGUUAAAGAAUCGGUGGAAGAUGAGCAAGUCAGGGCCCUGUUCAUGGAGCCACGUUCUCCAGGUGUUCUCAGAGAGGAAUCGGUUCGUGUCUGGGCUCCCCCAACAUUAACAGACAAAACCCAGAGCUUAUGUGCUGCCAGAUUCCUUAUCAAGUGAAGGCCCCCUUAACAAAGUGUCCCUUUUACUGUUACGACUAUUUAUUAUUUGUAAUAUUGCGUAUUCCACUCUUGUGCAGUCUAAGGAAACACAGGUCUAUUAUAAAGCAGAAGUGGUACCAGAACAGGUUCCCAACAGGGAACUGCUGCCUCCUCUGCGCAGGGAACAGGGCCUGAUGGACAGAAAUGCUGAAAUUCACUAUGGAGUUCAGGGAAUAUUUAAAAAAAAUAUGAAUUUAUAUGUAAUUAUUUUCGUUGGAAUUGUGUAAUGGUAUAGUUUUACCAGCUUUACAUGAAGGUCUCUGAAGGUCUAUCUUCUAUAUUUUUACAGUGCCUGGUUCAUUGUGGGUACUAUCAUGAGCAAGUAAAAGUAUUUUAAGUAAAAACCUGACUAUUAGAAUCACCUACACAUUUAUGAAAUUGAUUUCUACACUAAAAACUGGUGAAAAUCCUGAAUUAUAAGUGCCUUGGAUACUGUCUAUAUGUUUGUCACUGUCAGGUUUUUUAUUUUACCAGAAUGAAACCAAGAACCCAUUGGUACCAACAUAAGAAACACUGAGUGUAUUCAGAUCGGUCAGUAACUGCUUAAUUAUACAGAAUUAAUUGAGCUACUUUAUGGUGCUGAAAAUUUAGUAUUCCUUGUUUUUCAUAGGUGUAUUUUGGGAGAUGCAUGGGGAAUACCUCGGGUCCCCUCCAGGAAGAGGAGCACACAGGCACACCCCAGAGCUGAAAGGGAAACAUAUGCUUUAUAAAUUGAGAAACAUAAUUUAGACACAGCUCUGUUUCACACAAAUGCUUUACAGGUUUUGCUCUCCUGUAGUCAAAAAAAGAAAACUGGUAUUCUUUGCCUUGUUCCACGUUAAUUCUAAAACAUUCCAGGGUUGAUAUACAUGGUCUUGUGGAGUUCAGAGGUGUAUAAUGCAACAUCCACGAGACGUGCGUAGUCCUACUGCAAUGGCACUCUGUUACAUGACACGGCUAUUCAGUAUAACGUAGGUUUUAAUCUCAACUUGGCAGAUUUAUACAUUACUGUUUACUAAUACCUUUGUGAAUAAAAAAACCUGAAAAAAA